AUGGCUACCACCACUGAGACGGUCACGGAGACUACGCAGACGCUUGCGAGUCUGCCCUUGAACAAGUCCGACGAGAGCGAACAACAGGAAGAAUACCGCUAUGCUCACCUACUACCUCACUUCGACGCAUCCAUCAAGUACCCACCGCUCGUCCCAUUCGAGCACGUCGACCCCGGCUCCCGCGCGCUCAAGCACGCAGACCCUCGCGCGUUCCUGGACGGCGCGGAGAAGAUCGUGCAUCUGACCCCGAGGUUGGGUACCGAGGUUCGCGGUGUGGAUCUGCUCAAGCUCGACAGUGAUGGCCGAGACCAACUUGCGCUCGAGGUGGCGAGGCGAGGACUCUUGGUGUUCAGGGGCCAACAAGAAUUCAUCAACGCUGGGCCUGAGGCGUAUCUUGAGUGGGGACGAUACUUCGGAAGGCUACACAUCCACCCAACAACCGGCCAUCCAAAGGACCACCCCGAGCUUCAUCUCGUUUACGUGGACGCAAACUCAGACUACAACUUCGGAUACGAAGGCAGCAUCACCAUGACCGGCUGGCACUCCGACGUCUCGUACGAGCUCCAGCCACCCGGCCUGACCACAUUCUUCCUGCUCGACUUCCCACCCACGGGCGGUGACACCCUCUUCACAUCCCAGGUCUCCACCCUCCGCCGGCUGUCCCCGCCGUUCGUCGAGUUCCUGCGCACGCUCAGCGUGGUGCACUCGGGCGUCGACCAGGCAAACCGUUCGCGCGCGGGCGGGAAAGGCGGAGUGGUACGGAGGGAGCCGGUGGAGCAUGUGCAUCCGCUGGUGAGGAAGCAUCCGGUCACCGGGGAGGAGGCGUUGUAUGUCAACAAAGGAUUUUCAAGAAGGAUUGUGGGGCUGAAGAAGGAGGAGUCUGAGGCGCUCCUGAACUUCCUGUAUAACCACAUUGCCGCGUCUGGUGAUCUACAGGCUAGAGUCAAGUGGGAGCCUGGGACCGUUGUCGUAUGGGACAACCGCAUCACUGCCCAUUCCGCGAUUGUAGACUACGGUGAGAGCAAGGCGCGUCGCCACGGUGUCCGUGUUACGCCUCAAGCUGAGAGGCCCAUUCCCGCUCUCGAGGCUGAACAGUGA